GCCUGGCAUGGAGCUUGGCAUGGAGGCAGUGGAGGACGAUAUCUGCAUUCUGAAGCAUGAGACGGCGUACGGUGGAGCAGGGGAGAGCCCCGUGUCCGUGUGUGCCGGGGAUGAGUCCGUAGCCUCCCACUUUGCCUUGGUCACAGCAUACGAGGACAUCAAGAAGAGGCUGAGAGACACGGAGAGAGAGAACACACUGCUGAGGAAGAGAGUCAAACAACUGGAAGAUAAGCUGUUCAGGCCUGAAGCUCCUUCCCCUGAAGGACCCCAGUACGUCAACAAGGCCUUCAGUGCCUACCGUGGCAUCUACAUGGAGAAGGAGGACCUGCAGCUGGAGCUCAAUAAACUGAAGAGGGAGAAGAGUGAGUCUGAGAGGCUCCUGAAUGAGCAGCUGCAGGCCAAAGAGAUGGAGCUGCUGCAGUUAAAGACUGAGAUGGAGACCAGUCAAGUGAUGAAGUCUCUAACCAGUACUCAGGACUACUGGCAGGUGGACAGGAUCAACAGUGACCUGAAGAUGCAUACGCUGCAGGAGGAGUUGGAGAGGAUGACUCUGGAGAAGAACCGACUGCAGGGACACUGUGGGGAUUCUUCUGGAACUGACUGUGACCAGAAUCACGGGAGUCCAACCCCAGCGAUAAGGCAGUUCUACAGUCCUAUGAGGCCCUGGCCACUGAGAUCUCCUCUCUACACUCAGUGUUGAAACAACAGUCUGACCUGGUGAAGAAGCUAGCAGCUAACAGACGAGCAUCACCCAACUCAACCACAUAUCCCUAAAGGUAGACUCUGUCAGCAUCACCCAACACACAUCCCUCUGA